AUGUCUAUUGGGGUGAAGUCUCCGUUGGACGACGCCGACUCGGCUACAAAAUGUGCCAAGGAAGCUCAGAUUUCGAUCGAGGCUAGCGGUGAUGAAGUGCCGUACCAGAGAGCGUCUAAAGGAAGGGUCAUUCUCCUUGCCUCGAUCGGACUCUCGAUUCGACUCGAAUCGCUGAUCAAGUUCUACCUGUUCUACCUGUCAAGCACCAUAGUGAACUACUCGUGCGUCUCCAACCGGAGGCUCAUCAUGCAAGCAUCGAGCCUCAGGGAAGAAUGCACGGAUAUGCUUCACUUCACCCGCCAGAGGAACAUCAUCUCGUUCAGCGCUGCGAAAUAUCCGAUAUCCGAAUUCGACUGCUUUUCCGAUGGACAGGUGUCGAGUUCGAUCCCCAUUCAAGUGGUUCUGCGUAACUACAUGAUGCAGAGCUUCUGCGGGCUACUCGUCCGAUCUGCCGUCCCGAUGUCCUCGGAAACGUGGCCUGUUUACGUCUGGUUGACCCUCACGGGAUCGAUGAUGAGCGCCUUCCUCCCGAAGAUGGAAUCAGUCGACAGCGACGUCUUCGCUGUCGUCAGCAUUGCGGUCAUGGUCCACUUCGCUUGGUUGGCCAAGGCUUCUCUGAGGGAGAGCGCGUUGAGGAUCCGGCAAGACUUGAACCAUGCUCUGUCUCGGGGCGACGUCUUCUCGCUCCUCGACAGCCGAGGAUACUCAAAAAAACUGUGGUUAUACCUUCGGACAUACUGCGUUUUUCGGACGAUGAGACACGCGCUGAUGAUCAUCUGGAGCUCGCUCGUUUCCGGUCAGGGCAUUCAGUGGAGCGUCCUCGCCGUCGAAGUCGUGGGACAUCUCUGCGAGUCGAGCUUCUCCACGUUAGCCCUGUGCAGCGUGGUCCCGGACAUAGUGUUCUCCAUCACUGACAGACUGCAGACCCUCCUGGAGGAAAGUACUCGUUGCAUGCAGAGAGAGCUCACAGGAACCUCCAUUCUGAUGCUGGUUCUGGCCUGCGUCUUCCAUAGACGAGGCACGGAAGCGGCGGACGCGGUCACCGCUCUCUCGCAGAACUUCAUGCUCUUCAUACUGGGCACUCAGCAUCGAAUCCAUCUAACGGCUGAUUCUGUGCUCCUCGAUCUAGCUUCGAAUCGACGCCGUCAUCUCGGGAAGCACGUUCGCGCCAUCCUGGCUUUGGCGUUCGUAGUUUUCUCGUCGCUUGGGGUGUGUUUCUUCGCAUCGGGCGUGGGGGGCGAAUCGGACUUAUGGCGAAUGACCUCCACCCUCCUCUAUGCAGAGCUCUUCGUUAGAGUCGUCGCGUCUCUGGCACUAUACACAAGUCUCAUGACGUCGGCGGGACCGAACGGUGGCCACGAUCCGAUGGAGGAGAAGUUCUUCUACGCGCGCGUAGUCAACGCAAUUCUCAUCUCUGUGCCCAUCGUACAUUUGAUCAUGCAGAUGUAUUACCUAGAUGUUGAUGAGGAAAGUGCGGCGCUCCGGCUCUUUCUUUACAUGAAAUGCACUCACAUCGGGCUAUUGGAUAUAGUCGAGGCACGAUUGGAAAGCAGCUUGCAGAUCUGGCGAGCCUCUUGGGGUUUGUCCUAUCUCCGGCAGGCUACUGAAGAGGAGCUCGAUCGCUGCGACGAUGUAUGCAGCAUCUGUUUUGAUGAUAUGGAAACGGCGAUCGUCACUGAUUGCAUGCAUUACUAUCACUCAGAAUGCUUGCAGAGCUGGGUAGCUGUACGGGAUACUUGUCCGAAGUGCAACAGAAGAAUCUCUCAAAAUGCGAAUGAAUAA